CCACGUCAACAUCAAUCAGAAGUCAAAGUCCAUUACAACAGCAAUAAACCUAAACAUUAAGUUGGAUUUAACACCCUGAAAGAUAUAUUCCAUUCAACUUUUAACUGUAUAUUUAUCAGAAUGCAUACGAUUAGGUCUUGAGGUAUAGUCUUUCUCUAGUCUAGGUGGUUACAAGCCUUACAGGUUCAGGUAAACAAACAAAAUGUCUCAGAGCUUACCAGCGAUCCUUGAGGAGUGGAAAUGUAUGGACGAGCAGUAUCAGAACAUUCAGGAUACAUACAAGAUCUACGUGCAGAAACUAGAUGAGAUCUCCAAGCUGCAGAGUAGCUGCUCUGCCUCCAUCUCCAAUCAGCGGCGACGAUUAAAGGAGAUGACCCAGUCAAUCAAGAGAUGCAGCAAUGAACUUACAGCGGAAGAAGCCAAAUCCAUUGAGGAAAUUAAUGGAAAAAUCAAGACAAGACCAAAUCUUUUCUUGGAAAUGGAAUCAUUUCUUCCCAAGAAAAAUGGGAUUUAUCUAAAUUUGGUCCUCGGAAGUGUGAACGUGACUCUUCUCAGCAAGCAGGCAAAAUUUGCCUACAAGGACGAGUAUGAAAAGUUCAAGCUGUGCCUCACGGUGAUACUGCUUGUAUUUUCCUUCAUUUGCUACUUCUUCAUCAACUUCCGAUUUGUUGAUGCAAUCCUCAACUUUCUCUUGGUGUGGUACUACUGUACGCUAACAAUCCGAGAGAGCGUUCUCAUUACCAAUGGAUCCAGAAUCAAAGGCUGGUGGGUGUUCCAUCACUACAUCUCUACCUUCCUGUCAGGAGUAAUGCUGACUUGGCCGGAUGGACAUCUGUACAAAGUUUUCAGGAACCAAUUUAUUGCCUACAGUCUGUAUCAGAGUUUUGUCCAGUGUCUCCAAUGCUACUAUCAGAGUGGCUGUCUGUAUAGACUACGAGCGCUGGGAGAAAGACACAACAUGGACCUCACUAUGGAGGGAUUUCAGUCAUGGAUGUGGCGAGGACUGACGUUCCUCUUGCCCUUCCUGUUUUUCGGGCAUUUCUGGCAGCUCUUCAAUAGCCUCUCACUCUUCGGGAUGGCUAAGCUCCCAGACUGUAAGGAAUGGCAGGUCUUGGCUUGUGGUCUCUGCUUCCUUAUUCUCUUUACGGGCAAUUUCUUCACAACUGUCGCCGUAGUACGCCACAAAAUCAAGAGCAAGAACGAGACAAAGGCCAAGAAUCAAUGAUGCAACAAUGAAACAAUGCAAAUAAUCCCACAGAUAUUGUGAUUACUCUGAUGGUCUGCUGUCCUUUAAUCAGUUGUACUGAAUCAAAAUGUUCAUAUAUUAAUACAUGAGAGUCAAGAUUUAUGUGAUGGUAUAUUUAUAUUAGCCUAAUGUAAACAAAUAGUUUUAUAUAUGAAUUCCAAUUAUUCUUCACUAAAAUAACACACACUCUCUCUCUCUCUCUCUCUCUCUCUCUCUCUCUCUCUCUCUCUCUCUCUCUCUCUCUCUCUCUCUCUCUCUCUCUCUCUCUCUCUCUCUCUCUCUCUCUCUCUCUCUAUAUAUAUAUAUAUAUAUAUAUAUAUAUAUAUAUAUAUAUAUAUAAUAAAAUAAAAUAAAAUAAAAGGGGGCCAAGGUUAAAGCCCAGAGAGAGAUUUGGCCUGUUUUAACCAUUUUGAAUACUUUUACAAUUGUAUAAGAAUUACUUAUUUUUUAUUCUAUUUUUUAAUCAACGUCAUUGAGGGGCAGCCUUAGAUCCUUCAACACCAAAACGACGAGACUAACCCUACCGAUAUUUUAUUUCGUUGUAUUAGUUUGUUUGAUAACUUAAGCAUAAUGCUCUGUUGACUGUAUUCCCCUCAGCUGUAGGCCUAUCUCCUUAGUCCCUGUAUACAAAUUAUUCCGAAUAAUAAAGUUGCGAUUUUCCUUGUGA